CUCUGCUUUUAUUACCACCAGCAAAUAAUAACCGCAAAGUUUUUAUCCGUUGUAAUGAUUCUUAAAAGUUGAUUUUAAAGUGCAGUUGGAAUGCUUUCACCCUGAUUUAUGUUCAUUAAUAAAAACAAUUUUCCGAAAAUGACGUUGACAAGCAUUGGGCUUUUUACGCUGUUUACCAAUAUCGUCGCCAGCACGCCAGCAGCCAAAGAUUUUGUAUCUCUGGCAGAGAGAGAAGAUGCUCUACUCAGGGACUUGUUUCAGGGAUACCAGCGCUGGGUCAGGCCCGUUCUGCAUGCAAACCACACUGUGAAAGUCCGCUUUGGCUUGAAGAUAUCUCAGCUAGUCGAUGUGGAUGAGAAAAAUCAACUCAUGACCACUAAUGUGUGGCUAUGGCAGGAAUGGAUGGAUUAUAAACUGCGUUGGAACCCUGAGAAUUAUGGUGGCAUCACCUUUAUCAGAGUUCCAUCUGAAAGCAUCUGGCUCCCAGACAUUGUUUUAUAUGAGAAUGCCGAUGGACGUUUUGAAGGUUCACUUAUGACCAAGGUCAUUGUGAAGUAUAAUGGUAUGAUCACUUGGACACCCCCUGCCAGCUACAAGUCAGCCUGCACCAUGGAUGUGACGUUUUUCCCGUUUGAUCGGCAGAACUGCUCAAUGAAGUUCGGCUCCUGGACGUAUGAUGGAAACAUGGUUAACCUUGUACUUGUCAGCCAGCAAGUGGACCGAAGUGACUUCUUUGAUAAUGGUGAAUGGGAGAUUCUCAGUGCCACUGGUGUCAAAGGCAGCCGACAAGAUGGCUACCUUUCCUACCCUUACAUCACAUAUUCAUUCAUCCUGAAACGUCUUCCUCUCUUCUACACGCUCUUCCUCAUUAUUCCUUGUCUGGGCUUGUCCUUCCUCACAGUGCUGGUCUUCUACCUUCCCUCUGAUGAAGGAGAGAAAGUGUCCCUCUCGACAUCCGUGCUGGUGUCACUCACUGUCUUCGUCCUGGUAAUCGAAGAGAUAAUUCCUUCUUCGUCCAAGGUCAUUCCGCUGAUUGGGGAGUACUUGCUGUUUAUCAUGAUCUUCGUCACUUUGUCCAUCAUUGUGACGGUGUUUGUAAUAAACGUCCACCACCGGUCCUCCGCCACUUACCACCCCAUGUCUCCAUGGGUGCGUACACUGUUCCUCCAGCAGCUGCCUCACUUUCUCUGCAUGAGAGGGAACACCGACCGCUACCACUACCCAGAGAUGGAGCCCCAUAGUCCUGACCUCAAGCCUCGCAACAAGAAAGGGCCUGGUCCUGAGGGAGAAGGUCAAGCUCUGAUCAAUAUGCUGGAGCAAGCCACCAACUCUGUUCACUACAUCUCACGCCACAUUAAGAAGGAGCAUUUUAUUAGAGAGGUCGUACAGGAUUGGAAGUUUGUGGCGCAGGUGCUGGACAGGAUCUUUCUCUGGGCAUUCCUCACUGUGUCUGUUCUGGGCACCAUCCUCAUCUUCACACCUGCCGUGAAAAUGUUCCUGCGCACUCCCCCCCCUUCUCCAUGAGACACCAACCAAACCCCCACACAUAGACAUCCAUCAGAAAGGUUUUUUUUAACAACAUUACACUCAGAUGAUCUGAUGUAUAGGUCAGAACUACA